GUAUGGAGGCUGUCGAGGUUCUCCGAAAUUGCUGGGGUUCGAUGGGGAAGCUACUCGCCGGUGCCCCGGGCUGCUGAGCUCUUGCCGCCUGCGUCCCCGCGGCUCUCCCGCAGGGCCAUGAUGGCCUCGCGGGUGGCGCGCACCUCGUGGGGUGCCUUGCGCGUAGCCGUGUGGGCGCCGGGAGCGCGGCCGGGCAAGGGGCGCGCCCGCGGGGCCUUGCUGCCGCCAGUGCCUUGCUGCCUGGGGUGCCUGGCGGAGCGCUGGUGGCUGCGCCCGGCUGCGCUCGGCUUGCGGCUGCCUGGGGCCAGCCCGCGGGCCCACUGCUCGGGCGCGGGGAAGGCAGCCCCCGGGCCCGCAGUGCAAGAGGACGCCGCCACCGAGGCCCGGGGCGGCCGGUGGGGCCCGGCGAGUGCCGCCAGCCUGUAUGAAAAUCCAUGGACAAUCCCAAAUAUGUUGUCAGUGACGAGAAUUGGCUUGGCCCCAGUUUUGGGCUAUUUGAUUAUUGAAGAAGAUUUUAAUAUUGCACUAGGAGUUUUUGCUUUAGCUGGGCUAACUGAUUUGUUGGAUGGAUUUAUUGCUCGAAACUGGGCCAAUCAAAAAUCAGCUUUGGGAAGUGCUCUUGAUCCACUUGCUGAUAAAAUACUUAUCAGUAUUUUAUAUGUUAGCUUGACCUAUGCAGAUCUUAUUCCAGUUCCACUUACUUAUAUGAUAAUUUCAAGAGAUGUAAUGUUGAUUGCUGCUGUUUUUUAUGUCAGAUAUCGAACUCUUCCAACACCGAGAACACUUUCUAAGUAUUUCAAUCCUUGUUAUGCCACUGCUAGGUUAAAACCAACCUUCAUCAGCAAGGUUAACACAGCAGUCCAGUUAAUCUUGGUGGCAGCUUCUUUGGCAGCUCCGGUUUUCAAUUAUGCUGACAGCAUUUAUCUUCAGAUCCUGUGGUGUCUUACAGCUUUUACCACAGCUGCAUCAGCUUACAGUUACUAUCAUUAUGGUCGGAAAACUGUUCAGGUGAUAAAAGGCAGAUGAAAGUCAUCCAUCAUCAUUAGCAAGGAAGCAAUAUACAUCAUCGGCGGCAGGGCCAGUGGAAAUCUAAGGGAGUUUCCUUUUUUGGUGUUUAGCUUGAAAAAGGACUUCUCAGAACAAACCAUGUCAUCAAAAUUUAAGUAAUGUGCAUUGAAAAUAAGCUUGAUCAUGGGCAUAUGCAGAAUUUCCAAUGUAUUUUUAAAUACAAAUAAAACUAUAAUUUAGAAUUUUUUUAUCUUAGGUUUCUUGAUUAAUUUAUAAGUAGCAAUUAUUCCAAUUAUUGUCAGUCAUUUUUUGAUAUGUAAAACAAAAAACAGUCUAGAGCAUGGAAACUGAAGAGUUGUCACUUUAAUAGAAUUUAGAUUGCUCACAAAGCACUAGGGGAUUUCCUGGGUUUAAAUAUACAUCCUGUACAACUUGGCUGCACAGUUGUUUGUUUGACUUUUAGAUCUGUGCACACAUUAACAGUACAUGUGGUUAAUAUUUGAUUGCUUAGAAUAAUGACUAUAAAGGUAGCUUAGUUGUGGAUGAAGUAAACUUGUAAAGAGAUUUAAAAUGCAGUAAAUUUUGAAAAUAAUAAAUAAGAUCAAAAUAGAAGGUACUGAAGUUCAUGUUCAGAAGUCUUCCAACCUCUCAGGUGCCUAAUAGUUUAUGCAUCAGGAUAAUAAGUGACAAAGGUAGUUGGAAAAUGAAAAUAUGUCUGUUACCCUAGCCAUCCAAGAGGCAGUGAGUUACAUCAUGCCUUCCCACUGUAUCUCUAACAUAACAGUGUUUGUAUGAUAUUGGGACCUGUACUCAUAUGUUAUGUAAAUAAUAUGAAAUUAUAUUUUUCAAAGGUUUUUUAAAGCUUUGGGGAAUCUUCUUUUGUUAAGAUGUUAAAGGAAUAAAAGAGCCGGAAAAAAGUGACCUUCAA